AUGGAUACUCAGUCUCAGAACCCCCCAGUCGCUCAGCAUGGUUCUUCCGACGAGGAUGAAGUCUCCGCAACGGAGGUGGAACCACUAGGAGAAGCCACGCCACUAGGCAAAGCGACCUUGUCAGAAUCCGUGAUGAGUGAGGAGAGUUCCAUCUUCAAUGCCCUACGGACAGACUCUGGCACCGAAGACCUCGGCUCGAAGUUUGGCUCGGCAUGUCAUUCUCGUGGCAAUCUGGAUAGCAGGAUCGCUGCCAAUAUGGCCAUGUUUGUCCCCCUUGCGCCUGAAGCAACGGAUCCUUCCCAGCGGGCGGACCGUGAGCCAAAGUAUUGUCCGGAAAAGGAUACACAAUCCCCUGGUUGGCAUCCCCAAUUAGCAUUGGACAGCCGUGUGCUAUCCACAGAUGAAGGGAAGGCGGUUGUAGCCUUACCUGCAGAUGACUCGCUGAAGCAGAACCUUCUUGAUGCGUUGCACCUCAGGAAGGCAGUUAGUCUCAACGAUGCAGAUGAUACCUCGAGAGCGUUUAAAUGGCCGGGUAACCUUGACUCACCAGUCAGCCCUGCACUUCCCACUUAUCCUCCACCAGUGAGAGCGCCCACACCCCCUGGACUUCCUUCAUUUGGAACUCGAGAAGCUGUCAACUACACUGCUCAAUUCCCCGUCCGUUCUGCCACUACCAGUGGGCGAACACAGCAGUCGAGUCCAAGCCCGCCUAGGCGUGCGGGUAGGCGCGUUGCUGAUGGCUCCAGAACGGGAUCCUACGGAGGAAUGCUACGAAGGCUCCUCAGCUUUUCAUCGUCUCCUCCCCCGCAGCCUAGACGUCAGACAUAUAUUGUGGCGAGGGCAGAAGAUGGUACUGCGGUCCAAGGUCGCUUUCCUUAUAGGCAGAGUGGUCACGGCAUGAACUUGGCUAGACGAUUGGAGGACCAUCCCUUUCACCGAACUGCCAUUUCAGCUACUUGCGAAGAUGGUGUUGAUGUUGAUAGCAGCGCUACACAAGAGGGACAAAUCAACACAAGGCUCUCAGAUGCAAAACAGGACCAGGCUGACAGCACCGAUCCUGCAAACACAGGCGCGGGUAGUCGCAUGCGAAGACAUCGCCCACAGAUCGGCCUGAAUAGCUUACUACCGUUGCCUCGCCCAGUUCUGACAUCUACUUCUCAACGGCCAACCUCGGCAAAUACUUCUCUUCCUACGUCUAGGGUUGACUCGUUUUAUACCUGUGCGUCUCGUUCGCAAAUGCCCGGCAUACCCAGGCAUAUGGAAAGCCUCGAUGCCCAAGGCACUGAGAGCGUGGGGGAUUCUGCGACAUGCUAUCUUGCACCCACGGAGUCACCACCCGUCUUUACCGCACAGGAAGCAAGUGAGUCCGCCAACUUUAACUCUCGUUCUUGGCUACAAUCGCUGCGUGGCGUCAACUCUUGGUUAUCCUGCUGCAUGGGGGCUCGUAAUGAGCAGGACGCCGCCAUUCAUUCGAAUACGGCCUCCAAUGACACAUACGCCACUGCGAGAAGCCAUCUUUCAUCUAAUGCAGCAGAACAUACGCAUGCUAAUGCCCUGACAAAUCAGGUGCAAAGCCUACAACAGUGGUUCUCAGGAGUUUGGAGGUCGCUUCAGGCGUUUCCCUCUCGCAACGUCCCGGACACAAGCCCGAUGUCGGUCUGA